AUGGUUACUGCUACAACAAAACCCGCUCCUACCAGUAGAUUGCAACAGGCUGAUGAUUUCAAGGAAGCCAAGAAAUUUGAAGACGCUGCUCGUUCCUACAAAGCCAUCAUGGCAGAGCAAUCUACUUCUGAAGAGACGUUAAGAGAGCAGGAAUACGCUCUUUCACAACUCGCCCAACUCUACAGAGAUCUCCAACUUCCUCAAGAGCUUGCAGAAUUGAUUCGUUCAUCUCGUCCUUUCAUGUUGUCUAUUGCCAAAGCCAAGACUGCAAAACUGACUCGUUCACUCAUUGAUUAUUUCAGCGACAUUCCCAACUGUCUUCCUCUCCAAAUUGAAAUCUGCAAAGAAAACAUUGAAUGGUGUGUUCAAGAGAAGCGUCUCUUUUUAAAGCAAGCACUCGAAACUCGUCUCGUUGCUCUUUACUUGGAUAACAAGAUGUAUCAUGAGUCCUUGAGCUUGAUUUCAGUGCUCUUGAAGGAGUUGAAGCGUUUGGAUGAUAAGAUGGUCUUGGUUGAAGUUCAGUUACUUGAAAGUCGUGUCUGUCAUGCCUUGAGAAAUCUGCCCAAAUCAAGAGCUGCAUUGACUUCUGCUCGUACUUCUGCCAACUCUAUCUAUUGCCCUCCCUUAUUACAGGCUGCUUUGGAUAUGCAAUCAGGUGUUCUUCAUGCUGAGGAGAAGGAUUACAAGACAGCUUACUCUUACUUUUUCGAGACAUUUGAAGGUUUCUCCAGUCAGGAAGAUCCCAAGGCUAUUUUGGCUCUCAAGUACAUGUUGUUGUGUAAGAUUAUGUUGAAUUUGACUGAAGAUGUCCAUUCAAUUAUCGGCGGAAAGGUCGCAUUGCGAUAUGCUGGUGUAGAAAUUGAUGCCAUGAAGGCAGUUGCUCAUGCUCACAAAAAUAGAAACCUGCAAGAAUUCGAGACAGCAUUGGCCACAUACACCAACGAACUCAACAACGAUCCCAUCAUCCGCACUCAACUGGCAGCAUUGUACGAUACGCUUUUGGAACAAAAUUUGGUUCGCAUCAUUGAGCCUUUCUCUCGUGUUGAGAUCACUCACAUUGCUGAUAUGGUCAAGUUACCCACACAACAAGUAGAAGCUAAAUUAUCACAAAUGAUCUUGGAUAAAAAGUUCCACGGUAUUCUCGAUCAAGGUGCUGGUUGUUUGAUUGUUUUUGAUGAGCCUGAGGAGGACAAAACUUAUGAAACUGCUAUCGAGACCUUGAAACAAGUGGAUAAGGUCGUUUCUAGUUUAUAUCAAAAGGCUGCUGAACUCUCUUAA